GAUUUAUGGAUGAUUGAUUAUGUGGCGAUUGCGAUUAGCGUAUACAUUCAAAGAUUAACUCAACGAACCUCGGUUUUAGCCAAGAAGGAAACAUGGGGGGAAAAUUAUUGGAACUCGAUGGAUCAUCAAUCAAGUUCAUAUGUGAAAUCAAGAAACAAAGUACCUCUUCAGUUCACAUCUCCAACAUAUCUGAUGAGUAUGUUGCUUAUAAGGUGAAGACCACAUCACCAAAAAGAUUUUGUGUAAGACCCAAUUCGGGCAUCAUUAGCCCAAAGUCGGAAUGCAGUUUCACAGUUACCAUGCAAGGUCUAAGAUCACAUCCAUCUGAAGUGGAAUGCAAGGAUAAAUUCUUAAUUCAAAGCACAGUUGUUGAUUCUGGGACAAAAGAAGAAGAUAUCACUGUUGACUUAUUCUCCAAAAGCAGUGGUAAGUAUGUUGAAGAGAAGAAGCUCAGGGUUGUUCUAGUUAGCAAGCAAGAUUUACCAGUAGAAGAACACAAAGAUAAAGAGUUGGAGAAAGAACAUGAUAAUGAAGAAGAUUCACUUAAAGAUCAUAAACACAAAGUGUUGGAGAAAGAACAUUCUAAUGAAGAAGACUCACAUAAAGAACAUAAACACAAAGUGUUGGAUAAAGAACUACCUCAUGAAGCUUCACAUACAGAACAUAAACACAAAGUGUUGGAGAAAGAACCUUCUAAUGAAACUUCACAUAAAGAAAAAAAACACAAAGUGUUAGAAAAAGAACCACGAAAUGAAGCUUCAUCAAAAGAACACAAACAUAGAGUGUUAGAGAAAGAACCUUCCAAUGAAGAGCACAAACAUGAAGUGUUGGAGAAAGAACCAUCUAAUGAAGCUUCACAUAAAAAAGAACACAAACAUAAAGUGUUGGAAAAAGAACCAUUAAAUGAAGCUUCAUUAAAAGAACACAAACAUAAAGUGUUGGAGAAAGAACUUUCUAAUGAAGAGCACAAACACAAAGUGUUGGAGAAAGAACCUUUUAAUGAAGCUUCACACGAAAAACACAAACCCAAAUUGUUGGAGAAGGAACCUUCUAAUGAAGUUUCACAUGAACACAAACACGAAGUGUUGGACAAAGAACCUUCUAACGAAUCUUCAAUUAAAGAAGAUGUUUUGGUGAAAAGAGACAAAAAUGUUUUCUCAGUGGAUAAGCAAAUUGAAGAUGCUAAGGAAGUCAAAAGUGGUUUGAACAUAGAGGAGUCAAAGCUAUCUGAUGAUCCUAAUAGGAAUAAUGUCCCCAAGAAUUCGAAGUUUAAGCCUGUAAAGAUUGUGAAAGAGGAUCCAGAAACGAGGUUGAGAUUGUCUAAUCAACUUAAGGAGUUGAAACUGAAGGAAAGUACAUUAGAAAAUCAACUCAAAGAGGCCAAAUCCACCAUCUCUAGCCUAACCUAUCAGAACAGUAUAAUCAUUGAAGCUAAAGAGACCCUUCAGUUGGAACUGGAUAGGAGAAGUAAGAAAGGUUUCUCCUUCGUGUUUGUUUGUGGGGUGUCACUCAUUGGUUUGAUAGGCGGAUACUUCUCAGAUCCUUAAAUGACACAUUCAUAAAUUUUCUCCAUUUUGUUUAGAAAAUUGGAUGUUU